AUGUUGCCACGAAAGAGAGUCGUGCGGCUUUGUCGUCUACUCAAGCGUCUCGAAAAGUGGACCCAGUGGGAAAGGCGUUGUCGACAGUCUAUUUCCCAGAUUCUUCACUGGUUUGUCUCCCACGAUAGCAGUCUUUCGGGUGUCUGUAGGAGUCUUACAUGGAGCAGCGCUGUUCUCGAUCAAGCCGUGAAACGUGAUCGAAUUAACCGCUUAGCCCUCUUGAAGGCCUUCAAAAGUUCAAUUCGGCGUCCCUUCAUCACUAAGUCUUCCAAUCGGUAUGAGUCGAAAACGGAGACCAGACUUCCAACUCCAGAACUUGCAAGAAGAGCAAACCCGAGCUCCCCGGCGCUGCUGCGUCUCAAGUCGCGUAGCCCAGACAUCGCGGAGGGGCUGUCGCGUCGUCGUGACUCCCUCCCCCCACCCCCGGCUGAGGCCCUCGACCUCUCACUGAAGACGUCUUCUACCUCCAGUACAAGCCAGGUGACACCGACUGCCGAUUGGCUGUUUCCUCUUGUUAGCCACGUGCUCCCGCGGUGCUACCCCCAGGAGCCCCCACAGAGGCCGUCGCCGGGCCCGUUUUCACCAGCCUCACCGUCUGGGGGGCACUUGAGAAGUCGCCCCAGCGAAGACUAUCUGGAGAAGUUUAUGAAAGUUGACCCUUCACAGAAUGUGCUGUGGCGGCAACUGGCCGACAGGUUCCAACGCAGCCUCGCGCCAAACCAGUGUGGAGUCUGCAAUAAGGUGCUGAGUUGCCGCAGCGCUCUUACGAUGCAUUAUCGUGUCCACACAGAGGAAAGGCCAUUUGUGUGCAAAAUCUGCUCCAAGAGGUUCUCCACAAAAGGCAACCUGAAGACACAUCUUGGGCAACACCACGAAACCAUAGAAGCCUACCGCAUAGCCGCAGCCACAGCAAUCGCGACUGGUUCAGUGCUGCCUCGACCCCCACCCCUACCGGCCUUGACCGCAGUGGUUCCGCACAUUACCGCGGGUGGCCGCAGUCCACCCUCGCCUUCUCACUCCCCCAACAAGCAGUUCCUCGAGCCGCCUUCCUUUCCUUUCUUGGCUGCACCUCCACAACCCCCUCCGCCGUUUUCCCUAAUUGCCCCUCCGCCCCCUCACUGGUCCACCUUCUUACCGUCCACACUGUCGUCUGCUAAUGACGCCGCAAACGAUGAUUCCUCAAAGAUAAACUUCGCCAUGUUGCAUCACUUUGCGACGACACCCAUGUUCAAUUCACCUCUACCGCCUCCACCAACAGCUCAGUUAAACAACUAUGCUUCAGCCAAUCCUGUGUGA